AAUAACAACUUUCAAAUCUUAAACUUUCCAACUGAAAGUACUCACGCUUAUUCAUACGCCCAUCUUUCCCCAAACUCGUUAGCUUUAAGACUCAACAUCCUCAAGCGAUCUCUAGAAAUCUUAAUCGAAAGACCUGAACUAUACGAAUCAAUAGAUUCCCACUCCCAAUGCCAGUCCCCAAUCCUAUCAAAUGCGCCUUCUCCAACUUUCCAAAAGAUAUCCCUUCACAAUAUCAACAACCCCAACACUAACCCCAAUAUCUCCCUCGACGAGCCCAUUGCCAUCUUAGCAAGAAGAGAUAGUAACACCAGCGACUAUCUGAACUACAAAAUCGAUACAAAUGCCUCAAGUGCAGCUUUAUCUGCCUUAUUUUACAAUAAUAUGAACAACAACAACAACAACAACAAUAAUAAUAAUAAUAAUAGUAAUAAUAAUAAUAAUAAUAAUAAUAAUAUCCCUGACAAUGACAAUAACAACAACAUUUUACUAAAAACAAAACCUUCAGCUUCAAGAAAAUCCUCAAGAAAACCUUCCAGAAAAUCUUCCAGAAAUUCUCUAAAACAAUCCCUACUAAAAAAUAACCAAUCUAGAGAAAAAUCCUUGCAGGUAAAAUUGUUAUACGCAUUAGCUACCCCGUUCAUCGAAUCUGUUAGUCUUGACAAUUUCAUGUCAGUUAAUAGCAGCAGCAAAAACAACAACAACAACAAUAACAACAGCAGCAAUCCCAAUAAUAACGGAUCUCAGCUGCCUUCUCGUGUGGUCAGAUCCUCCUCAAGAAGAUCCCUAUUCCAAAGAAACACAUCCAAAUCACUCGCUAGACCAUUCCAUUCAUUAUCCACUGGAAAAGUCUCUGCUCCUCAAGCUGUUUUCACUUGUAAGGUCGAAUUUCCUUGGUCUUUAAAAGCCUCUAACGACUUGGCUUGCUUGAUCUUUGGAAUCUCCAAAAGCUCCAUCAAAAAUCUUAAUUUACUAGAUCUAAUCGCUUCGAAUUCAAGAUCUUUUGUCACUGAAAAAUUAAACAAAAAUCUAAGUUCGGAUAAUGGUAUAGGCAAACGUCGCAACAGUAAAUCAAGUUUUUACUAUAGCAAUAUUAACAUUUUAUUUGCAGGUGAAAUUGUUGCCAUUAAACGUCCCAAUAAUAACAUUGCCUGGUGUUCUCUAUGGGGUAAGAAAAAGGGCGAUUUGAUUAUAUUUAUGUUUGAUCAAAUUCCAUGCGAUGCUGUAGACUUGAUUAUUGAACCCAAGUCAUUAGACAAUGACAAUAACAGUACUAAAUGGGAAAUCAAAGCUUCUCAUGAAGUCACAGGCUCUUUGUUGUCCAAAAAUAAUUUUUUUCAAGCUCCGCUAAAUGAUUUUUCAAAAUCUUUACAAGACGAAUUAUUCAAACUUGAAAGAAUGACCUUGAGUGAAGAUAAGAAAAGAGAUCCAUACUCAUAUUUUUGUUUUUUAAGCAAUCGAAUUAAUCAAAUCAGAUACUUUACUUUGAACUUGCACGAUGCGAUCCUACCUUGCGCUAUUACCUCAGAAAUCUUUGAAAAAGAUGAUGAUUAUAGUACUAGAGAGAGUCUAACAGAUUAUCAAAUUAAAUUGAAGAUCCACACAAUGCCUUAUAUCGCUGGUAUCUUUGUGAUUUCCUCAACAGACUAUCGGAUUCUUUCUUACAAUAGAUCGAUUUCUAAAAAUUUAUUUGGAAUUGGAAACUUAUUAAACUCCUCCAUUGAUUCCAUUAUUCCCCAUUUUACUGAUCUCUUGGAUUUUGCUAUCAAUAACGAGGAAAUUUCCUCUACAUAUUUUUUCAAUAAUCGGCAAUUGUUAAAUAAUAGCUCUGUUUUGCAUCGAAAUAAAAACUCACAAAGGAAAAAGUUAAAGUUGUCUCCGGGUUUGGUGUUACCAGAGCAUUUUUUUAGAAGAGUCUAUUCUAAAUAUUUAGUAUUAAAGGACAAAAAGGAAAAAGAAACAAUGUUUCUAAAUUCAGUUGGAAUUCCUGCAACUCAUAGAGAUAGAACGUCUUUAAAUAUUGAUGUUCAAAUGCGGGUUUCCUCCAUUGAGACAUAUGUUUUGUGGAUUACAUAUUCAAGAAAUUUGCACCUACCUUCGCAUUCUCACUCCAACAGUCUGGAUUCCGAAUCAAGCGGAUCUGGAAAUAGUUUCAAAUUGCUCUCAUCAAGCAGCUCUUUAAAGUCUCUAAAUUCUGAUGAAUCAUCAAAGGAUUCAUUUCCUAUCAUAGGCAGCGCUCAAUCAUUGAAUUUUUCUGAAAGAAAAACAUCAGACAAUAAUGCUCAAUCUACGGACAUCAAACAAAAUGGAUUUGCCAGCAAAGACCCCAAUGCAACAGGCGUAUCAGAAAACGAGGAUAGUUUGGAAGAAUUCUCUUCAACCACAACAAACACAACUACUGAUGAUCUUGAUAUUGGUGGCAACAAGACACUCAGACAUGUUGCUAUGGACCAUGGCUUGCUGUUUGCUGUUUUUAGCGAAGAAGAGAUGAAAAAACUGGAAAUGGAGAAGUUGGAGAUGAUGAAAUUAAAGUCACCAUCGUUUCCCAAACAGGUUGGGCUCAAGAGAAGAGUUAAGAAGUUUGAUGAUUAUAAGAUUAUUAAAUCGAUGGGGGAAGGAUCUUACGGAAAAGUCAUUCUUGUUGAGAAUAAGUUAGACCCAAACUAUAAGAUUGUUCUCAAGUGUAUUUUCAAAAAAAGAAUUCUCGUUGAUACUUGGUGUCGCGACAGAAGACUUGGUACUGUCCCAUCAGAAAUUCAAAUAAUGGCGUUUUUGAAUAAUUUCAACAACCCUAACAUCAUGAGAUUACUUGAUUUCUUUGAGGAUGAUGAUUAUUAUUAUAUUGAGACACCAAUUCAUGGGGACCCACCUGGGAUUGAUUUGUUUGAUUUAAUUGAGAUUAAAAAGUCAAUGACGGAGUUUGAGUGUCGAUAUAUAUUCAAGCAAGUUGCACUAGCUAUUUUUCAUUUACAUGAAAAUGGCAUAGUUCACAGGGAUAUUAAGGAUGAGAAUAUUAUUAUUGAUAAUCAGUCCUUUGUUAAAUUGAUUGAUUUUGGAUCAGCAGCAUACAUUAGAAAUGGACCAUUUGAUGUUUUUGUUGGAACAAUUGACUAUGCAGCACCUGAAGUCUUAAAUGGAAAAGCAUAUGAGGGAAAAGCACAAGAUGUUUGGGCGUUAGGAAUUUUAUUAUAUACUUUGAUCUACAAAGAGAAUCCGUUUUAUAAUGUUGAUGAAAUCAUGGAAGGAGAAUUAAGAAUUCCAUAUAUUACAAGUAAAGGUUGCAUUAAUUUGAUUAAAAAGAUUCUUCAAAGAGAUAUUUCUAAAAGACCCGAAAUGAAAGAUAUAGUUGAAGAUCUGUGGUUACAAUUUUAG